UCCUCGUCACCGCCAGCCUCUCCCCAACGUUUCUCGCAUGUCUAUUUAUAUUUGCAAUUCAAAUAGAUCAGUCGAGGGGUGCAAUGUGCAAGUAGGAAAAUCUUGGCAAAUUCAACCAACACGGUGCUAAUAGGUUAAGAAGGAAAAGUGUUAAAGUACUUGAAUCGAAAGAGAUUAAUUCUCCUUUCCACCUCCGUUUCGCUUCGAUUGGUGUAAAAGCAAAAGUUUUACCACAAGAAAAUCGGAGAAACGAGAAGAAGUCCUGAGAACCAGCUUCAGUGUCAGCUUAAAAGUAGCAUCUAUCCGAUCUUGUUCUCAUUUGACUCUUGAUUUAUUCCUAUUGUGAACACUCUACGUGCGCACUCAUUUCAUUCAAUCCCAAUUGUCAAUUGUUGGAGUCGGAUUUAUUGUGUCCGGAUUACUUAUGGGUUGGUCAACGUGAUGAAAGAAAAUAAAACUUCGCACAUUUCGUAUUUCUUUCUAUUCAAACAUUUCGUAUUGUUUGUCUAGCCGUAAUUGAAAAAAAGUGAAGUGACAGCGAAUCUUGUAUCUAAAUUGUGAAUGGCUUUAGUGCAUCAUGUCAUUCAUACUCCGAACUUGGGCUUAUUUUUGCCUCUUUUCAAAAUCUGUGUCAUCGUUGGGCCUAAUUGUGUCAACCCAGCUUGUUCUUCGGUGCAGUCUCACAAUGUUUGUUGCAACUGCACCUGUUGUCUCAUCCUUCCUCACAGUUCCUUCUUCUGCGAGUGCUGAGGCCAAUAACAACGCCUACUCAAACAUUACUCUGCUGGAUCUAUAUCCAGAGCUCAAAGAUUACCUCUGGAAAAAGGCUCUCACUCAGAUAAGCUCAACUACGGGGAAGAGCACAAUUUCCAUUCCAGAAAUUUCGAGCUAUUUGAAUUCCUACGCUGAUUAUUCCUCAUCCAACACCAACAAUGUCGGUCAACCACAAUACAACACGUUGCAAAAUGGGGGGUGGAGCUGGGGAUCUGACUACGUUGGCGACAAUUAUUAUGGGAGUGGUACGAAUGGGCAGAGCGGGGUAAGCAUGGUUGCCCCCGCUUCAAUUGCGGGUCAUGGGAACUCGAGGGAUUCGACGUUCGACUCCUCGGACUCUGGGAGUUCGUACAACUAUGAGAAAGAAGUCUUGAAACAUUGGUAUCCUUUUGGAUCCCCCGAGUUUUACGAUUCUUGGAAGUUUAAGCCGAUGCCACCCAAAUCACAUCAUCCUCCUCCUCCUUCUGUCGGGUGGAGCAGCGUAUUUCCAUUUUGGGAGGAGGAGGAGGAAAGCCAUCACGCGAGCCAUGAGCUGUCCAAAGACUUUUCCUGUCUGGCCGGCUUGUUGGGACUCAAAACUCUCAAGACAUUGAAAUUUGCAGCCGUUUUUAAAAAGCUGAAAAUGAUCGCCAUAUUUUUUAUCGCCUUCAAGCUGGGAGUUCUCCUGUCUCCCGUUGCAAUCCCACUCCUCUUCCCGAUCAUCAUUCUGGUGACGAUUGUUAAAAUACUCCCACUCAUUCUCAUCAUUGUCCUACUGCUCAAAAUUCUCAAGAAACAAGUCAAGAUAAAGAAACCAUUCGGCAAGUUCUUGGAUGGCACUGGCUCUCUAUUCUUUGAUGAUGUUGAGGUUGUGGCUGAAAAAGUGCUUCACAGUGAUGAUGACUACAUAGAUAAGCUCUCGUUAGGAAUCCAGAAGAAGUCAUCGGGCAGAUCUAAAUCUAAUACUGCUGCUAAUCUUAAGAAGGACGCAACAAGUACACGGGCCAACAGUAAAAUGUUGGAUAAAUAGCUUGGUUAAUUAUUGGUCGGUUUGGGUGGGUGGGUAUUUUUACAUAGUUGAUAAAAUCUCUAAUUUAUUUUCUUAGUUUUGUACCAUGAUGAUGAUCAGUGAGACAGUUUGAUAAUUUAAGGUUUCGGGUGUUAUAUUUAAGAAUGGGAAAAUUACUUGGGGUAUUUAUGUAAUUAAUUAUGUAUAUUGAUAAUUAUAUGUUUCUUAAAAAUAAAUGCGAACUUUCAAAGUUAAGUCUAAUUGA